UUGACCGAUAUUAAAUCAGAAGAGUCUCUUUAUGUAUCUCGAUCUCGUCAACGACUCGAACAUCUUAAUGGUCUCACUAAGAUACCUACUGCUAACUCUGAUGCAUAUACUAGAUGGAGCCGCGUAAGGUUAGACAGAAUUCUAGUUGACUAUAUGUUGCGCGAAGGCUUUAAUGAAACUGCCGGACAGCUGGCAAGGGAAGAAGGAAUAGAGUCAUAUGUCGAUAUGGAGCUAUUUACACAAUCAAAGAGGGUUGAGCAGGCGUUACAGAGAUUCAGCUGUACAGAAGCUUUGCAAUGGUGUAAUGAAAAUAAGAGUAAUUUAAGAAAAAUGAAGAGUACUUUUGAAUUUAAUCUACGAUUACAAGAAUUCAUAGAACUUGUCAGAGCAAGAAAAACUUCCGAAGCAAUCGCAUAUUCACGAAAAUAUCUUACGACCUGGCCAGCAGCUCAUCUGAAAGAAAUUUAUCAGGCAAUGGGAUUACUUGCUUUCCCUUCUACUACCCAGCGUAUGCCAUACAAA